UGCGAUGUGAUGAUAUGACAUUUCCUAUUUCAGCAUGUUAAAAAAUAAGGGUUAUUCAUCCAAAAAAGAUAAUUUAGCAGUUACUGCAGUUGCUUUACAAGAUCACAUUUUACAUGAUCUUCAACUUCAAGGUCUUUCAAUAGCAGAUCAUUCUAAGACAAAGGUACAAAAGAAAGAGAACAAAUCGAAGUCUCUAAAAAGAGAUGCAAAAGCAGUAAUCGAUACUGGGCUUAAGAAAACUACACAGAGCUCUGUCGUGGAAGAUCCAGAAAAAGAAUAUGUUCUUGAUCCAAAACCUGCACCAUUAACUUUAGCACAGAAGUUGGGCCUAUUUGAACCUCCUCCAUUGCCACUAUCAACAGAUGAAUGGGAAAAAGUGAAACAAAGAUCCAUAACAGAAGGGGAUUCUCUGCAUCCGUGCCCGAUCUGUAAAGAAGAGUUUGAACUUCAUCCCCAGGUGCUGCUUUCAUGUUCCCAUGUAUUUCACAGAGCAUGCCUUCAGGCUUUUGAAAAGUUCACAAAUAAAAAAACCUGCCCUCUCUGUAGAAAGAACCAGUAUCAAACCAGAGUGAUUCAUGAUGGAGCCCGGUUAUUCAAAGUCAAGUGUGCAACAAGGAUCCAAGCCUGUUGGAGAGGACAUAUUGUUAGAAAGUGGUACCAAAACCUGAGGAAAACUAUACCACCCAAAGAUGCCAAAUUAAGGAAAAAAUUCUUUGAAGAAAAGUUCACAGAAAUCAGUCACCGAAUAUUAUGUUCAUACGAUACAAAUAUAGAUGAGCUCUUUUUAGAAAUCGAUCACUGCUUAGCUAUAAACAGAAGCAUUCUUCAGCAGCUGGAGGAAAAGUGUGGUCGUGAAAUUACAGAAGAGGACUGGGAGAAAAUUCAAGUUCAGGCACUGCAUCAGGAGAUCAGUGAAUGCUCCAUUUGCCUCACCCCACUCUCAUUUAACAGCAAUUUCCAAAGUGCACCUUCUGGGAAAAGUCCUAACCAGCCUUCUCGUGAGACUGUUCUCUUGUCUUGCUCACAUAUAUUCCAUCACACUUGUCUUCUCGCUUUAGAAGAGUUUUCCUUGGGAGAAAUAUAUACUUGUCCUCUGUGCCGCUCUUGCUAUCAAAAGAAAAUUCUUGAAUACUGAAUUCAUAUUCAGGAAAAAUGAUAUAAUUCUGGGGGGAAAAAAUUACCUUAAUUUUGGAAGAAUUACAUGAGUUUGGGGUUAAGUACUAUAGUAUAAUCAGUUCUCCAAAGAAAUAAGCUAUUAGCAGUUGUGCAUAAGAAAUCUAACUAUAUUUUAAAAGCUGGCUACUCAUCCAGUCUUAGUCUUUUGUCUAUAAAAAGCAAGUUCAAAUUCAUGAGUUUAGUAAGUUGAAAUAA